UUCUGGUACAAGUCGAGCAACGACUUUUCGCCUCACAUAUUCAGGCACUCCGAUUUGUCUUGGGAUAUCGCUCUUAGAUCGCGCAGAGAGCACCGAAAGUGCUGAGACAUCAAAAUGGCACAGAACAGGCAUUGGGAACAAGACAAAGAUGCGACCAUCUACAUCGGAAACAUCGACGAGCGUGCGACCCCAGCGAUGGUGUACGAGGUCAUGCUCCAGAUGGGCCCCAUCCACAACAUCCACAUGCCCCGUGACCGUGUCACCCAGAACCACCAGGGCUUCGGUUUCGUCGAGUUCAGGACGCCGGGCGACGCAGAGUACGCCGCCAAUGUGAUGAACGGCAUCAAGCUCUACGGCAAGUCCUUGCGCGUCAACAAGGCCAGCGCGGACAAGCAGAAGCAGGCAGAGGUUGGCGCGGAGCUGUUUGUGGGCAACCUGGACAGCAUGGUGGACGAGAAGAUCCUCUACGACACCUUUUCGCGCUUCGGCCCGCUCGUCAACCUGCCCAAGGUCGCGAGGGAGGACAGCGGCAACUCCAAGGGCUUUGGAUUCAUCUCCUACGCCGACUUUGACAGUGCCGACGCGGCGAUUGCCAACUUGCACAUGCAGUACAUCCUCAGCAAGGAGGUCUCGGUCCAGUAUGCGUUCAAGAAGGACGGCAAGGGCGAGCGCCACGGUGACGCUGCGGAACGUGAGCUCGCCGCGCAGGCUAAGAAGAGAAACAUUGUCCCAGAGAUCCAGGCCGUACCUCCCGCUUUCCUCAACGGCCCGCCUCCGGCUGCUGCGCCAAGUGCCCCCGCCGGAUUCGACCCCGCAAACGGCCUCCCGGUCCAAGUCCAGAACCCAGGAGCUCCUACCGGAUUCGCGCCUCUGCCGAGGGGACCAACGCAGUACAAUGCCGCACCACCACCGCAAGGCAUGGGCGGACCGGGUAUGGGUGGGCCGGGCAUGGGACGCGGCGCGGUACUUCCCCCCGCGCCAUCUGGUCUGCCUGCGCGGCCGCCACAGUCGCAAGGUAACUACACAAAUCCGGCCGACUUCCAUCCGGGCGCCCCAGGAUUCCGCCCACCCAGCGGCGGACCUCCCGCCCCGCAAGGCUUCGCUGCGCCCCCGCCCAACUUCCCCAUGCCUCCUCCGGGAGCUUCUGGGGCACCGCCGGCGCCGCCGGGCUUCAUGCCUCCGCCGGGCUUCAACCCCCCUGGAUUCCCCCGUCGAUGAAAAGGAUCACAAAGGGAUUGCCAUUAAUUGGCAGUGUAAAACUACAAACGACAAAACAGCGCUGCUUCGGUGCCGCUGCACUUCGAGGCUUCAUCGUUUUCGGAAGAAUAGCCGGGCGUUCGGGAUAAGGGCCAGCGAGAAAACUCGUCCAGAGCAGGUUGAAUCAGAUUGCAAUGGGUCUGUCGUCACUUUGAUCAGACGAGGUGUAGCCAUUGCUAACAUUGUCCAGAUCCUUGCUGAAGUGGUGUGGCAGUCAUAGGUCCAGCUACGGUCAAAGGCAGACGCCGCAUUGGCGCCAUGGCCAAGAGAAGACAGCCACAGUGAAGGAUAUGAUAGUCGUACCUCGUAGCUUAAUGAAGAAAUGACUAUUAUAACAUGAU